CAGAGCUUUAAUUACACGUUAACGUGUAAGAAAUGUCCGACAGCGUCUAAAAGAAGUUGGGUUUUUGUAUCCAGUGGAUGUCAACAAAAGUGUAAAUCUCAGGCCUCCACUCCCGAUAGGAGGAUCACCAGCGGGAAGAAAAAAUGAAUGGCUGGUGGAAAAAACCUGCAGAAGCCAAGUACCGCGGCCUGGUCAACUAUGGAGCAACAUGCUACCUGAACAGUGUUCUGCAGGUUCUGUUCAUGACUGAAGAUUUCAGAGAAACUGUGACCAGGUUGGUUUUGCAGAUUUGUGUAUUUACAUGUCACAGGGAAAUUUUGAAGGACUCUUGUGUAUUUGACAUUAACUUGUGUUUUUUUAGACUUACCAGUCCCAGAGAGGCCGACAUUGAUCAUCUUCUAAAAGAAUUAUUUGAAGAAUUACAGAAAGGGAGAGUAAUUAGGCCCUAUUCAGCAGAUCCACGUAAUAUAUUAAGAGCACUAGAAGUCAACAAUGUGCAUGAACAACAAGAUGCAGCAGAAUACUUUGAGAGGAUCUUAAGGAAAACCAGUGGAGAUGCAGCAAAGAUCUUUCAUGGACAGCUGAGUCACAGGACCACUUGUUUAAAAUGUAAGAUACCGACAGACAGUGAAGGUCCGUUCUGGCAUCUUCCUCUUGAACUGGAAGAUUCACCUGGUGAAAACUACAGCGUGGAAAACGGCAUCAAUAAGUUUUUCACAGAGACAGAAUUCAAUGGAGAUAACCAGAUGUACUGUGAAACCUGUGAUGCUAAAGUUGACGCCAACAGAAAAUAUGUAAUAACUCAUCAUCCAGAUGUUUUGAUUCUGAUGCUGAAGAGGUUUGACUUCAGCUAUCAGUGGAUGUCUUACAUCAAAAUCCACUGUAAUGCUGAUGUUCCUCACACCAUCAGGAUACCAGAGAAUCAGACAUAUGAGCUUUAUGCAGUCGUGGAGCAUUUUGGUGAUUUAAGAGGAGGACAUUAUCAGGCAGUGAUCAAGUCCAGGGAUGAAGGAGAUCAAUGGUUCGUCUUUGAUGACUCCUCGGUCAUGAAGCUUGGCAGAAAUCCUUUCCCUGACAAUGAGAACGUUGUACCGUCCAGAGAAGCUUAUCUUUUAUUCUAUAGAAAGAAAGUUGCAGAUUGUCCCAUCAGUGACCCGUGUUCAGUCAGAGAUUACAACACAAACAUCAUUCAGGACCAAAGUCUAAAGGAGGAGAAUCUGCAGCCGGGUGAUGAAACAGAAACUUUUAAUGGGAAUAUUUCUGAUGAGGAGGGAAAAACUGAUCACAUAUCCACUGAAGCAAAGCCUGAAAAGAGAGAAAUAAAUGAGUCAGAAGAGAUUAAUCAAGAUGAACAAAAAUUACAUGAAGAACAAACAGGCAGAGAGAAACAACCUGAAAUGUUGAGUCAGGAUGAGACAAAAUAUUCUCAAGACAUAACAAUGGAGGAUCUAGAGGAGCAGGAGGAAAACAGACAUCAGAUCAGUUGGGAAGAUCAAAAUCAGGGUCUAAUUGCUGGAGAACCAGAACCAAUUAAUAUUGGAAAUAUGCAGACAGACAUUAAUCAUGAUGUAGACGGUGCUGGACCUGCAGCAUUAGAGAGACAGAAAAACCUCUGGGAACAGCAAGAAUCACCAGAGGACAGAACAGAUGAAGUGAGGAGGAAACAAGAGACAGAAAACAGCAACAAACUGAUCAGAACAUCAGAGGAAACAGGAGCUGAUGAAAACAACAAACUGUUGCCAAGUGAAAAUAUGAGAUAUGAUCUUAAUGUAACAGAAAGUGCUGAAGAAAAUGAACUAGAAGAAAAUGAACAGAUUGGCAAAGAAGUCAGGCAUUUGAUAGAAAACCUUUCUGCACAGCAUCCUGAGAGUAAAGGAUUCAGUAAAAUAUCACAAAGAUUAUUAACUCCAAAUGAGCCAAAUAUUGAUGAUAAUCACCAAAAGAGAAAUGAAAUGACAGACGAUGCUUCUAAAACACAAGAAACAGAGGAUGUUAAUAAAACUAAUGUUCAUCAAGACUGGCCAAAGGUAGAUGAAGGUGGAAAAAGCAAACAGAACAGUCAAAAAUCAGGAAAGGGAAAUAGAUCAGAUGAAGGAAAGAAAGAAAAUCAAGAUAACACUCAAGUGGCAGUGUAUUCUGACAGUCCUGAGCCUUACUAUGAUGAAAAUGAAGGAGUCAUAAAGAAGAAACACACUAAACAAAUGGUCCAAACUAGUCAUGAUACACAAAACAAACUUGAUUUGAAGAAAACCAGAAAAAAUACAAGUAUUAAGAUGGCAGCAACACUGACAGGAAACCAGGAGGAUGAUAGAGACGAAGAAACAAGACAAGAAAACUUUCAGAGUUACAGAAAUAAAGGGUCAAGGGGCGAUGAGGUCAGGAGACAAGGUUCAAAUCAGGCUGCAUUUGAGCACAAAACCACAAAAGUAGAUAUCAGGGAGUUUUCUCCUGGUGGUAAAGGUAAAACUAAAUUAAUGAUAAAAACAAUUACUGAGGAAAUCACAACUGUUAACAACAGCAACAACAGAAAAUCAAUAAACAAUGAAGGAAAUGUUGACUGUGACUUGGAGGAUGGUGUAUCAGUUUCUGCAAAAGAAGAGACGACAAUCCUCUCUGAACCUCUUUUACGUGACCAAAAUCCCACAUCGAAGGAAAUCACCAGAGGAGCAAAAGAAGACGAAUACAGGAUGAACAUUUCCCCUGAGACUGAUCUGGAAGCAGAACCAAAAAGAUAUGAUAUGAAGAAGAAACAUUCAGAUGAGUCCACAAAGGAAGGAAGCAACGAAGAAAAGUGAUAUAUCUGCUUCUGUCUCCAGAGAAAUCUUUAUAAACUCAAAUUUAAUGAAAGUAAUAUCUAAUUUAAUUAAUGCUAUAGGGGAAUUAAAUGUUGUUAUUUCAUGUUCUUCAAAGAGUCAUUGUAGAUAAUGAUGACUGUUGACAGGAAAGAUCUCUUGUAGCAGUCUGUAUUACAGUGAAUUUGUAGAAGCCUCUGACUGAAGAGUCUCUGUUUUCUCAAGACAGUCUCAUGAAGAUGGUUCCCCACCUGGAACUGGUAGCUUUUCAGAAAACGCAAGAUUUCUUACUCUCAGUAGUUGAUGUCCUCCUUUGGUCUGCCAUGUUGUUAAUACUAACGUAUACAGCCUUGAACUUAUUGAGAUAUAAGGGCCGGCCCUAAGUAUUAAGCGUAAUUUGCAACUUUUGAAUAAGGAGGAACCAAAAGUGUUGCAAAGUAUGCUAAUGCCUUGAGGCGCAUGUGACAUUAAAGUCUGCAAUGGAAAUGCUGACAAAUGUGACAUUUGCAAAAAUAUGAAGGUGCAUGAAUAACUAGCAGCGACAUAAUUUAUUUUAGUUUUGUGCUGGAAAAUGGAAACUGAAUUUCAUGUGCAUUUGUGCCACCUACUGGGCUUGUUAGUGUGCAUCAGACUUACUGGUCAGUCUAGAGAUGACAGAACUAAGAAUGUUAUUUUCUAAGUCCCGAAUUAUAAACAAAACUUUUUUGUUAUUAAUUCAUAGAAACCAAUACAUAAAUUGCAUAAAGCCAGUUCUUGUAAUGUAUGCACUUGACUGGAAUCUGUAUGAUUCAGCUGAUUUUGAUUCGAAUUGACUUUUUACUGUUGUGAAUUGAUUCAAAGUGAAUAAAACAGUGAAAUAAAAAUAUUGUAGCCUCACAGGACUGAAUAAAAACAUAAAGGGUGACCUUUAGUAAUCAGAUCAAACACUGUCCCUUUACAAUUUUUGAUAUUUUGUGUUGUAAGAUGUAUCUUCAGGACUUUCAGGCUAAUAUUUUCUAUUAACACGUCUUGCCCAUGGCGGUAAACAUUAAUCUUGCAUAUCACACCACCUUCAGGGAAAUCACCAUAAAUUUCCAAAGUCUUAUCUCUUAACUUUCUCCUGGCAGCUGAAGGAAGCUGCAUGACUAAAUGAUUGUGGCUGCUGGUUUCUGCUGCUCUCACUCUGGACGCAUCAGAUGUGAUCCGACAAGCAAACAGAAACCAUUUUGGUUACACAACAACAAAACCCGGCGAGUUAGGUAGUUUCCAGUAAUCGUUUGGUUGGUGCCAAAUGAAGACAGUUCCAAUAAGGAAAUACAUGUUAGAGGAAGUAAAGCAGCCUGCUUGUGCCAAAUUUAACAUUUUCUUGCCUGUAAGGAAGUUUUGUCUUCCAGAUAGUUUUUACCUUUGAGCUUAAGAAAGUUUUCCAACUUGGGGAAAUUUCCUUCUUUGUG